AAAAAUUAAAUCAUCUAAAAUAUAAAUUAUGGCCGAAGCACAAACUUCAACUACUACUACUACUACUACUAGUACUACUACUAGUAAUCCACUUUUUGAUAAAUUUACUGAAGAAGAGAAGAAAAAGGUGGAAGAACUUAAAACUCAUCUUCCCGAUAUUUUAAAAGGAGCUGAUGUACAAAAUUAUACUCUAUGGGGUGUUGAAUUGAAUAAAGAUUCCAAUGAUAGAAGAUUAGAAGUUAUUCUUAUUAAAUUUUUAAAAGCCAGAAAUUUUGAAAUAGAUCAAGCAAAAGAAAUGUUGAUAAAAUCAAUUAAAUGGAGGAUUGAAUUUAAAACUGGUGAAAUACUUUCCGAAACUUUUCCUGCCUCAAUAUUUGGAAAAGUAGGAUUCUUUCAUAAACAUGAUAAAGAAAAUCGUCCAGUUACUUAUAACCUUUAUGGAGGUCUUGAUAAUAAUCAAGUUUUUGGAGAAUUGGAACGAUUCAUUAGAUGGCGCGUACAAUUAAUGGAAAAAGGAAUUCAAUUAUUGGAUUUUGUUAAUGUUGAUCAAAUGAUUCAAGUACAUGAUUAUAAUUUAGUCGCUUAUGCAAAUUAUGAUAGUACUGUUAAAAAUGCAAGUAAAAAUGUUACUCAAGUUUUACAAGAAAAUUAUCCUGAAUUUUUGGCGGCGAAAUUUUUUGUUAAUGUACCUUGGUGGGGAGAUAUGAUGUUUAAAUUUGUUUCAAUGUUCUUGUCUGAACAAACAAAAAAGAAAUUUAUCGUAACUUCCGCUGGUGGCGUCAAAGAUUCUAUGUUAAAUUUAAUUCCUGAGGAAAAUUUACCUACUAUUUAUGGUGGUAAAAGUGUUAUUCCUGAACUUGAAGAAAAAUCUGAAGGUGAUAAACCUAAAGUUGAUGAACCUGAACCUAAAAAUGAUAAACCAACCGAAUAAGUUGUUCAUAAGUAUUAUAAUAUAAUUUAUCAUUUUAUGUUGUAUUUGUUACUAAAUAGUAUAGGUAAAUAUCUAAAAAAAAAAAAGGCGCGAGAAGAAUAUAUAUGUAUUAUAUAAAUUAGUAUAAUUCUACAUUAGAUCACAUGAUUGAUGUGUGACAAGCGUGUAAAAAAAAUUGUGCAAUCCCUUCUUCCUUUAUUAAAAAAUCUAUAUCUAUAAUCUAUAUACUUUUAUACAUUCUUUGUUAAAAGAGAAAUAAAACUUUAUCAUCUGAUUACUUACAAUAGUAUUCUAUUUUUUUUUUUGAAUACUAAUUAUAAUAAUCAGAAUUA